CCCUCCGUCCCCGCCCAGCUAGACCCCGUAACCCCGGCCGGCCUGGUCCCCAGGGACGCUGAAGUGGGACUCGGGGGUGGAAGUUGAAGUAACACCGCGUAGCUUCCUCUCUGCGCGUCCCUCCUCUGAACGUGGCUCAGCCCCAUCCAGGAGCCUUGAUUCAAGUCACCCAAUGGAAAGCCUCGAUUGAAAUCACUGAUUUUAAUCAGCGUUUCCAUGUGCACCUCAGAUAUUUUGUAGAACAGGUGCAUUCUCAUUGGGAGCUAUAACCCUCAAAACAUGUUGACUUUCAACUACAGGCAAUUAAAAAUGGGUCGCCAUUUUGGAAACUUGGAAAGAGUGAGGCAUGUGAUCACUUAUAGCUUGUCUCCAUUCGAGCAGAAGGCAUUCCCUAACUACUUCACCAAAGGAAUUCCAAAUCUAUGGAGGCGAUUUCGUUCACAGGUCUUCAGGGUAGCUCCUCCUUUUGUGGUGGCCUAUGUUGUUUACACCUGGGGGAACCAAGAAUUUGAGCGACUGAAAAGGAAGAACCCUGCUCACUUUGAAAAUGAUGAGUAAUACAGCUAAUAUGGAGACCGCAGUGUAUUAAUGUCAGUGUCCCUUCCUUGUUUAUAAUCUUGUUCACAUACACACAAAGGAUAUUUAUAAUAGCAGGCUGCAAAAGCUUGUUCAAUAAAUCUUAGUUCCUGUCCUGCA